GUUCAGCUGCGGAUCUUCAAUCGGCCGCGCCAUGUCGUACCUGCCUGAAGUUCACAUCCUGAGCGGCGCUGGCAAACCCAUCUUCUCCACGAAGGACGCCGACAACUGCGACAACGUGGCUAGAGCCGGCUUGAUCCAGGGCCUCAGCAGCUUCGCGGACGACGCGCUGAGGCAGAUCACGACGCCGACGCAUGAGCUGACGUUCCUUCCGUCUCCUCCGUUGCUCUUCUUCUGCGCCACUCCUUCUUCCCUCCGAGGUCUGAACGUCGGGCGUUUGCUCCACUUGCUCAAACAUCACCUACUCGUGUUCUUGACACAAAACGGCGUCUCCCUCAUCGAGUCCAACCCGAGCUACGACCUGCGCAAUCUCCUCUAUGGCACCCACGGUGUCCUUAUGGCAGUUGUCUCUGCGUGGACAUCGACAGUGUGGCCACAAUUGGAUGGGUUCGGCGUUCGAUGUGUACGCAUGACAUCCCCCUCCAUGACUCGUCCACACAUCCAGAGCGGCAUGGACGUUCCAGGGCUCGUGUUCGGGCUGGUUUCGCACGGCGACAGCGUUGUAGCUUACAAGCAGGGACUGCCGGACCACCCUCUUCCCAUCGAAGAUGUCCACGUCCUGCUCCACAUCCUGCAGCACAUGCCGUCCUUCCGGAAGUCGGAAUCGUGGACACCGCUGUGCUUGCCAACUUUUAACCGCGGCGGAUUCUUAUACGGCUACGUAUUGUUCCUGUCGAACGGGAUGAGCGUAUUGUUGCUAAGUAACGACCAGAGCCAACGCCAGUUCUACACGUUCCAAACGCAGACCCGUCGUGUCCUUGAGCCGUUGCUUUUGAAAGCUUUCCCUCCGCCACCAGCCGCACAACCAUGUAAGCCGCUGCCACAGUUGCCUGGACAGUUCCAGCCGCUCUUGCUCCACUUCUUUUGUCAGUCGUUCGUCACCCACGAAGUCGUGUGUCCGCCCUUUGAAGAGUGCACGCUGCUCGAGUCCCCAUCGUGGCGCCUUCACGUCCUCCGGGUAUACCAUACGCUACAUCAACGGCUUCACCCAACAAAGUCGGAAACACUCGUCAUGGGCGGCGCACCGUCCGCGGCUUCGAUUCGUUCGUCCUCUACCUACUUUCUUCGAGCUGAUACGAUGGUUGCUCUCGGGCUAGUCAAGCCACAAUUGGGGCUGAUGUAUGUGUGCUGCCAGCCGCUUUUGACGGCGGAGCAGACCACCGAUUUGGCAGAAUCGCUGUGGCAUGUGCUGCUCGAGAGUUACUGGGCGUAAGGCGCGAAACCACCGAAAAAACAUGACCAGCGCAUUGCCACACCGAAAAAACAUGACCAGCGCACUGCCACACGUGAUACGAAUUCAGAUAACUCAACCUCAUGGUGCCUCGCCGCACUGACGCGUUUCGAGGAGACCGAGGAUCUGUUCGGGCACAGGACGACGGGCAGGAUCGAAGUGCAUGCAAGCGGUCGCGAGGUCGACAAUCCACUGGGGGCACUGCGCCGUGAAAGUCGGUCGCAGGUUUUCGUGGAGCACUCUCCACACGAUCGACGCAUUCGACGAACUUCGUUUGUCUUGCACGACGUCCCAGUACGGCAACUCGUGGGUGUCGAGCUCGGUCAGCAGCACCCCAAACGAAAACACAUCCACCGCGACGGUGUAAUGCCGGAAUGCCAGCACCUCUGGAGCGAUCCAGCGAUACGUGCCAACACCGCAUGACAUGCUAGCGUCGGUCGCGCGCCUCGAGAUGCCGAAGUCAGCCAGUUUUGCGCCAGUGGUCUCGUCCAAGAGUACAUUUCGGCUCUUUAAGUCGCGGUGAAUAAUUCCGUUUGCCUUGAGGUACACGAGCGCUUUCACAACGUGGAUCGCGAUAGCGAUCUUUUCCGCCCACGGUGGUGUGGAAAGCCCUUUCGAACGAGUCAAAAAGUCGCGAAGGUCGCCCAUGGGCAUGUACUCCAACGCGGCAUGGACGUCGGUGGCCUUGGUCCAUGCUGCGGCCAACAAUGCCACAAUGAAAGGACAUUGAAGCGACGACAUCAAGUCAAGCUCAUCGAGAAAGGUUUGAAUGUCCGUCCGCGUCGAUUUCGAGCAAGUCUUGACGGCCACCGUCUUGUUCAUGUAUGUCCCUAGCCAGAUCGUUCCAAAUGCACCGGAAGCCAACGGCUUUGUGCGCUGAAUGGCGCCGACGGCGACUUGAAUACGAUGCAAAUUGUGCCAGUUGAUCCCGUCGUUGUGCAUGCUCGCGGCAGAGGAUGCCGCUGUCGGGGCAUUCGACGGAUGGCGGAUGUACAAUGCUGGUGGGGACGUGGCUCCGUCAUCGUCCCUCU